AUGAAUGAAUCAUUGAUAAUUAAUGCAGGAAUUACUCUAUCUGAUGUUCAUUGUAAAUAUUCGUUAUUGAUAUUCGAUAGGAUGCGUUCGAUAAAUGAAAUAUCAAAAUUAGAAGCUGUUGUCAAUGAAAUUGAUUUUGGUUAUGAGUACUAUACAAGAAUCAAUCCAUUGCCAGGGCCAUUUCCAUUCCCACUUGUUGGUAAUUUGAUUGGAUUCUAUAGGAAUAAUGGAAGGAUACAAAAAUAUCUUAUUGAAUUGCAUCAUAGAUAUGGAGCAACAUUUGAGUUGUAUAUUGGGGGAGUUAGAAGAAUAGUUUUUUGUGAUGUGGAAAAUGUUGAUAAAUUGUGCACAGCAGCUAAAAACAAUGCUUUUUUGAUUAGAUUGCCUUAUACCGAAGGGUUUGAUGAACUUGGUAUAGCUGGCAAAGGAUUAAUUAUGAAUUAUAACGUAAAAUCAUGGAGAUAUAAUAGACAAUUCUUCACACAAGCCAUAUUAUCACCCGGGUUUGAUAAUAAAUCACUUGAUUGGGCAAACAAAUUAUUAAAAGAAAUGGAACAAUAUUGGCAACUUUUAAAAAACGAAAAUGGUGAUAAGGUUGCGAUCAAUCUCGAUGCCUGGGUUCAUAGAUUUACUCAUGAUAUUAUAACAGUGGUGACGACAGGCGAAAGAGCCUAUUCAAUGGCGUAUUAUUUAAAUACACUCAGCGACAAACAUCUUGAUUAUCCAUCAGCACUUUUGGAAGAUUCAGAAAGAUUUAUUAAAGGAGUUAGAACUCAUUUUCUUGGCGGUCCGAUUUUUAUAGCAGUGCCAAGUAUUAUUAGACAUUAUUUGCCAAUGCUCAGUUCAUCAUCCAUUACAUCAGAUACAGAUAAUCAACAAACAAAUCAAACAAAUUCCCAAUGGACUCCUGUAGUUAUAUUCCCCGAGAAUAAUGCUAUUUGUGAAGAGCCCGAAAUGAUUGGUGAUUGUGUAGACGAUGAUUUCUCAUCGGCCAUAUUCAAUCGUAAAUUAGAACGUUACAAAAAAUUACGUGCAAUACAUGAAAGAUCUGGCCGCCAUGCAUUCAUGCACAACAUUAAUAUUUAA